AUGGCUUCGAUAUUGGCGGCAUCUCUUUCACUCCUGAUACUUGUGGUAGUGAGGCUUUGGGAGAAGGGCAAACGCAAGCAGGCCGAAUUGCCGUCGCGUGGAUUUGGGAACUUGUGGAUGUCCUAUAUCACGUCUAUCUCUAAUGUUAUUCGAACAAAAGCAGCUAUUCAAGUCGCUGCAAAGCGGUAUUAUGGCCAACUCUUUACCUUUCCUCUUUUCGGCGAAUGGGUGGUCUUGACGACGACGAAAGAGCACGUGAAGGAUCAGCUCAAUGCGCCCGAGUCGAUUCUCUCAAUGGAGGCAGCUACGGAGGAGCUGCUGCAAACGCAUCACACUGUCGGCCCACUGUUCUGCUCAGAGACCUACCAUAUCCCAGCCAUCAAGACCGCUUUGAAUCUCAAUUUGGCCAACAAACUGCCAGACAUCUUGGACGAAAUGCUCUUGGCUUUCAAUGAGGAGUUGAAUCUUUCGGAAGAUCGUUGGUCGUCACUUCGUCCAACAACGAUCUUCCCUGCCAUCAUUACCCGAGUUAGUAAUCGAGUUUUCGUCGGUCCUAAGUUGUGCCGCAAUUCAAAAUACCGCAAGCUCUUGAAUGGGUUUUCCGACGAUAUAAUCACUGGAGGUGCUAUUAUUCGUAUGGUCGUACCUGGCUUACUUCGACCUGCUGUCGGAUGGUUAUUUCAACUAGUGUUUGGGCAUCAUAGGCGUAUGACCCACCUUCUCGCAGCAGAUAUCACCGAGCGUCAGCGGAAUCGAGAGACGGGCAAUGCACAUCUAAACCCCAAUGACAUGCUGACUUGGCUUAUGGACCAACCUUGGGAAGGACGGACAGAGCAUGCGCCGGAGUCCCUUGCUAUGCGAAUGCUCAAUGUGAAUUUCGUUGCCUUACACACCACAUCCAGGGCCUAUAUUCACGCACUUUAUCAUCUUGUCGCCCAACCCGAAUACGUACUCAUCCUCCGUUCCGAACUUGAGACUUACCUCGAUCCAAAAAACCCCCUUGCGUGGUCCAAAGAGGCGCUGGCUCGAUGCGUCAACCUAGAUAGCUUCAUCAAAGAAUCCCUUCGACUGAACGUGCACAGCGCUAUGUGGAUGCCCAGACUUACUUUGACACCGUUCGAAUUCUCUGAUGGAACCAUCGUACAGCCCAACAAUUUCAUCGCCACAGCCAUUACCGCUGUUCACGAAGACGAGACCAUCUACGACCAUGCCACGAAAUUCGAUGGGCUGAGAUUCUCCAAGACGGAGGGCUCAGUCGGCGUCGACCUAGACGUUGGCAUGGAUGCUACCAAUCCGCUGUGGAUGCAGAGACUGACCGGAACUUCGUCCUCGUAUUUAACGUUUGGUGGUGGGCGUCAUAUUUGCCCUGGUCGAUUUUUUGCUUCCCUACAAAUUAAAUGCCUGUUGGCGUUUCUGAUCCUUCGAUACGAUAUGCGUUUGGCAGAUGGGAUGCGACUGAGCGAUUCGUGGCUCGGGCCAGUGUCAACGCCAGCCAAGAGGGCUCAAGUGCUAUUUCGGAAGCGUGGGGCUGCUGUUGGUCGCUAA